CCUGCUGUGAUAGGCCACUUCAUGAAAGAGCGUGUAGUGGAGCCACACCUUGUUUAUCACACUCCCCUGCAUUGUGCUUCCCUGGUGCUGCGUUUUGUGCAGACUGAAGGCUGGACCCUCCACCAGCAGAGGGAUUGACUCACUUUGUCGGGACACAACUUUGUGCUCUGUUGCGUGAUCUGAAACCACCCCUGCAAAGUCACCAAGCAUUCAGGAUGAAUUUAAUUCAGCUUGUGCGUGACCACUGGGUACAUAUACUUGUCCCUAUGGGAUUUGUUGUUGGAUGCUACCUAGACAAAAGGAAUGAGGAAAAGCUAACUACCUUCCGGAAUAAGAGUUUGUUAUUUAAAAGGGAACUGAGACCUAACGAAGAAGUCACCUGGAAGUAAAGGCUGGGGCUGAAUUACAGAAUGAUCACAUUUUUUAAAUUAUGAGAAAAAUAAAAACACCUAAUUUAAACAA